GUUACAACGGCAAAACCUUAACCGAAGCCAGGCAAACACACUCACUCACAUCUCUCAGUGACUUUGUGCAUAGAGGUCUGGCAAGACAACUCCCUUCCUCUCUUCCUCUCUCUGCAAAAAGUGAGCAAACUAGCACAGAAAAACUUAAAGAAGACUGGAUUUCAAUUGUGAAAAGUUUUGGAAGAUCCAGUAAUGGCCUGGAUCAGCAAUAUCUCCUGGUUUAAUCACUUUGCUCUACGUGAAGAACAUUUGAGGAGGUACUUGAACAGCACUGAGGAUUACUUAGCCUUCCUAUGUGGGCCCAGACGGAGCCAUUUAUUCUUGCCCAUGGCUUUGGUGUACACUCUGAUCUUCAUUGUUGGGGUGAUAGGUAACUUUUUAGUCUGCCUGGUAAUCCUCAAGCACCAGAACAUGAAGACCCCAACCAAUUACUAUCUCUUCAGUCUUGCUGUCUCAGACCUGCUCGUGCUGCUUUUUGGGAUGCCACUGGAAGUCUAUGAGAUGUGGAGCAACUAUCCCUUCUUGUUUGGGCCUGUUGGCUGCUAUUUGAAGACGGCCCUCUUUGAGACGGUGUGUUUUGCCUCCAUACUCAGCGUGACCACUGUCAGCGUGGAGAGAUACAUUGCCGUCCUCCAUCCUUUCCGUGCCAAGCUGGAGAGCACUCGCAAGCGUGCCCUGAGGACCAUCGUGGUGCUCUGGGUCCUCUCUGUCCUCUUCGCCCUCCCUAACACGGGCACCCAUGGAAUCAUGCUGCAGUAUUUCCCCAAUGGCACCCUGGUCCCUGGCUCUGAUACCUGCACUGUAGUCAUGCCCAUGUGGAUCUACAACUGUAUUGUCCAGAUUACUUCUUUUCUCUUCUAUGUGCUGCCUAUGGGGGUAAUGAGUGUGCUGUACUAUCUGAUGGGGCUAAGAUUGAAAGAAGACAGAUCUUUGGAAGUGGAGGAAAUGGCUGUGAAUGUUCAGAGACCAUCCAGGAAAUCAGUCACCAAGAUGUUGUUUGUCCUUGUGAUGGUUUUUGCUUUCUGCUGGGCUCCAUUCCAUAUAGAUCGACUUUUCUUCAGCUUUGUUGUAGAAUGGACUGAGCCUCUGGCUAAUAUCUUCAACUUACUUCAUGUGGUGUCAGGUGUUUUCUUCUAUCUGAGCUCUGCUGUGAACCCCAUCAUUUACAAUCUGUUGUCCCAGCGCUUCAGGAUGGCAUUCCUCAGUGUGAUCCCUCCUUGCUGCAAGCACUGGGUCACCAACCAUCCCACAAGCAGGAUUCCUGCCCAGCAGAGCAUCUUCAUGGUUGAGGACCACAAUCUUGUGGACUCUGCUGAAGACACAAGUCUCCCCGGCACCCACAGGACAUCUAUCAGCAGUUCUCAGCUCUCCACUGCUCUGUGA